UAGUACGGCGGGGCGGGGGCGUCGCGGCCUCUCCCCCGCCCGGCCGCCAUUGGCCGGGGCCAGCCCCCGCCCGCCCGCCGCGGCCCGCGGUGGCCUCGGUGCGCCCCGCGCCGCGCCCGCAGCAAUCACAGCGCCCGCGGCCCGCAGGCAGCGCGGGAUUUUUUCUUCCUCCCAUUUGCGGAAUAAAUAAAGGAGAGAGAUGAUAUUGGAAGUGGUUGUGCUGCUGGGCUGUGCUCUGGGCAUCAGCACCUUCCCCCUGGAAGAACCUGAAGAUGGAGGCAAGCACUGGGUGGUGAUUGUUGCAGGCUCAAAUGGCUGGUACAACUAUCGACACCAGGCAGACGUGUGCCAUGCGUACCAGAUCGUACACCGAAAUGGAAUUCCAGAUGAACAGAUCAUUGUCAUGAUGUAUGAUGACAUUGCAGAUAAUGAUGAGAAUCCCACAAAAGGCAUUGUCAUCAAUAGACCUAAUGGCACAGAUGUGUAUGCUGGAGUGCCAAAGGACUAUACGAAGGAGGAUGUUACUCCAAAGAACUUCCUUGCUGUUCUUAGAGGGGAUGAGGAAGCCAUGAAAGGUGUGGGAUCAGGAAAAGUAUUGAAAAGUGGUCCCAAGGAUCAUGUAUUUGUUUAUUUCACUGACCAUGGAGCUCCAGGACUUCUAGCUUUUCCUGAUGACGAUCUUCACGUGAAGGACUUGAAUAAGACUAUUUGGUACAUGUAUCAUCACAAGAAAUACCAAAAGAUGGUGUUUUACAUUGAAGCAUGUGAGUCUGGAUCUAUGAUGAAUCAUUUGGCUGAUCAUAUCAAUGUUUAUGCAACAACUGCUGCCAAUCCCAGGGAGUCUUCUUACGCAUGUUAUUAUGAUGAUGAAAGGCAGACUUAUCUUGGUGACUGGUACAGCGUGAAUUGGAUGGAAGAUUCAGAUAUGGAGGAUCUAAGAAAAGAAACGCUCCACAAGCAGUUUCAGCUGGUGAAGAAACGCACCAACACCAGCCAUGUGAUGCAGUAUGGAAACAAGAGUAUCUCCUCUAUGAAAGUGAUGCAGUUUCAGGGCAUGGGGAAGAAAGCUGCCCCCAUUUCACUGCCACCUGUAGAACACUACGACCUCACACCUAGUCCUGAUGUGCCUCUUGCUAUCAUGAAACGAAAGCUGAUGGCUACCAAUGACAUGUAUGAGGCUAGGAAGAUUGCUGCAGAGAUGAAAACGCACCUGGAGGCUAAAGAAUUUAUCAAGGAAUCCAUGCGGAAGAUCAUUACCCUAAUAACAGGAUCAAGAGAACAGACCAACCAAAUUCUGUCAGACAGAUCAACCAUCAGCAAUUAUGACUGCUACCAGUCAGCGGUGAACCACUUCAAAGCUCAUUGCUUCAACUGGCACUCUCCCUUGUAUGAGUAUGCCCUGAGACAGCUGUACGCCUUGGUCAACGUCUGUGAAGGAGGAUACCCCAUUGAGAGAAUACACUUGGCCAUGGAUCAAGUGUGCCGUGGAUAUUGAUGGAAACAGCAGCCUUGUAGUGUAACCCUUACUGCAAGUGGUAACUUCUCAUAACUGCAAUAAUCCAGACUUCACAUGCAUGUACCACGAAGAGUCAGCCACUGUCCUGGAGCUGUGCUGGGAGCUGAGGCCACACGCAGUACGGCACUUGCCAGCGCUCUCCCCUGCAUCCCCACCUGCCGCCAACCCGGUGGUUUGGCAGAGCCUUUUGUCAGACCACACGGAGCUUCAAGAUGGAUGAUUUGUUUUGAAGUGUAAUGCUCUAAGAAUCUCUGGAUGAACACUACAAGUCACCAACAGUGAUUUGAAAUCCAUGUGAAAUUUAAACAUUGACUUAAAUUUUGUGGAGAAAAAAAUAUACUGUUGCUAAGCAUUACUUUUUUUUUUUUUAACAAUGUUAAUGAAUUCAUUACAGUGACUAAUUUACAGUUUGAGUAAAGAAACCAAAGUUUGUUCUUUAAGCUUUAACUCCUUAACAGUUUAAAGAAGUGUGUUGCAUUCAAGAACUAUCAAAUGUUAACAGCGCAGUUCAACUGUGAAUAGCAAGAACCUUUUUGGGUAGAAAGCAUUGUUUCCCAAAGAAAAACCACAAGUAUCUAAUGCUGUAAAUAGAGUGCCAGUAUGCUAGAAUUAAAUGUAUUUACACACAAACCUCAUACAGUUCAGGAAUUGUCUGUGAAUAAAAAUAAAGUUGGCAGUUUCAUCAACCUACA